AUGCUAAGGAGUUCGCUACUGCUGGAGAACCUACAUUGCUUUGUACAUCCAUACCAAGAAGUUCUCGUACAUACAUCUCAUACAUGGCUUGCUCUCCGGCCCUCAGCAUUGGCACAACCACGUAUCAUACCUGUUCUGAAGGAACGCGUAAACCAGUCUAAAGCCGCAAGGGCCUCAAAUAAUUCAUUAGUCAGGCAAGACUCGGUUCAUGAUACCUCACUCAAGUCCUGGCUACUUCUCAGGGACAAUUUUGUUUUUCUUCCGGCAACCCGGAUUUCGACUGGAAAGAAGCAACUUCUCACAUGUUACAUAUACAUGUGGGGGCACCAACUUAACAUACCCGUCGCCCGGCCGAUGCUUUGGGGGUUCUUCUUCGCAAGUCUUGGGAUGAUGCGGCGCGGGGAAAUCGACCAGCACACUUGA